UAAAUAUUAUUUAAAAUACAUAUUUAUAUAAAUAUUUAUUGAUAAACAAAAAACAAAAACAACAUCACAACAACAACACUAUUUAUAUUUUUUUAUAUUUUUAACAUUAAAAAAAAAAAAACACCACUAUAUCACCAAAUACAAAAACACUUACUUACCACACACCCACCCACAUAUUUAAAUUUUUUAUUUUUAAAUCACACACACCCUCACUUUUAACCAUCAGCUUUUAACAAUAUUAAUUUUUAAUUAAAAAUCAAAAAAAAAAAAAAACCACCUCCUAAUAGUAUAUCCAAUAAUUUUUUUUUGUUUAUUAUAUAAUAUCAGAAAGAAUAUAUUUAACCACAAUACACACAUACCAACAACAACAACAACAACUCUUUUUUUUCAAACAAAAUAUAUAUAAUUUUUUAUUUAUUUUAUUUUUUAUUUAAUUUUUAAUUUUUUUUUUUUAUUUCAUAAUAUAAUAAUUUUUAUUUAUUUUAAAAAAAAAAAUAUAUUUAAAUUUACUUUUGAUUAAAUUAUUUUUAUUUAAAAAAUAAAGCUAUUAUACAUAUACAUAAAAUAUAAAAUACAAAACAUAAACAUAUAAUAAAUAAUAUUUUUCAUAUUCAAUUUUAAUUUUAAAAUGUCACAAUUAGAACAAAUUAUCAAGGAUAGAAACUUAGCUUUAGUUUUUAGACAAUUCCUCUACAAUAGAUUCAAUAAUGAAAACUUUUCAUUUUGGUUAGAAGCAGAAAAUUAUAAAUAUUUAGACAAGAGUGAAAUGGAAGCUAGAUCCAAAGAAAUCUUUGCCAAAUACUUCUUGUCAACUAGCAAAUACGAAUUAAAUAUUAAUCACCAAGAUAGAAAAGAUUUAGAAGAAAAAAUCAAUAACAAUGUUAUUACAAAUGAAACCUUUGCUAGAAUUCAACAAGAUAUUAAAAAACACAUGGAAACUGAUGCCAUUCCAUUAUUCUUAAAAUCUGAAGAUUAUAAGAAAUAUAAGGAUUCACAAACAAUGAUCUCAAUUCCAGACAGAGAUAGAAGUGUAACUGUUGGCAUGAUUGAAGAAUUUUUCAAAAAUAGACAACUUGAAACCCAAUAAAAUAAAAAUUAAAAAAUGUAUUUUAUUGAAAAAAAAAACUAAAAAUAAUUUUUUCUUCCAAAAACUAAAAAAAAAAAAAAAACAAUUAUUAAAAAGUAUUAGUAAUAGUGUAAAACCAUAAAAAAACAAAUAUAGCAAUAUGCCAAUAUAUUUUAAAUAAACUUUUAUUUGUAAAUUAUUAAAAAAAAAAAAAAA